GAAAAUUCAGCCCCAAUUGUGAUUUCCAAGGAACAGUUGAUUUUUAUCUGCAGAAAAAAAGCGUUGAAUCACUAUCUGAAUUUAUGCUCGUCGUUUGGAUUUUGUUUGUUUAUGUUGUGAUGAUUAUGAUUGUUUUGUUGGUAUAAUUUUUGGCUGUUGUUUAGUGGCGACGUUCAGUGAAUUUACGCGGUUGAUUAACGGGUUGAGAGUGUCGGAUGGGAUUGUUGAUGUAUCAAGUGUUUAUGACAUUUUGAAGUUGAUAAUCAUGAUGGAGGUGCAGCAGCAGCACUCGCCAGUCGGCGUGGGACCCCUCGACUUCUCCCGUCGUGGAGUCGCUGAGGCAUCGGCUUUUCGCGUUGUCAAACCAAAACAAACGACGACGAUGGGCCAUCAGACGGAGACCAAUAAUAAUGAGGGACAGGAGCACAGGGUCUCGGAGAGUGACAAUUGCAAUGUUAGACUGAUGUUUCCAAGACUGUGGGCACCCUUUGGAGGCAGUGGUGACGUCACUAGUCUUCCUUCACUAGGAAAAAAUAACACAGAACGAUUAUCAUUCGGUGUCGGGCGACUAGUGGGCUCCCCAUCCACAAGAAGUCCUUCGCCCUCCCCCUCCCUCGGUCCCUCCUCCCCCGUGACAGGUCAACGAGAUCAGGAGAUUGACGUUGACGGUGAAGAGGACGAGGAGGAGGAUGAGGAGGUGGACGUUGACGUUGAGGAGGUUGGAGACGAGGAGUACCGAGAUAACAAUACCUCCCCAAGGUCCAGUCACUCGACUCCAUCGCCAUCGCUGACCCAGGCCCCAUCACCCAUGACACGUCCACCGAGAAAAUCAGGCGACAGCUUCAGCGUGUCAGCGCUGCUGAGGCCAGACCCACCAUCCAACCGCAAUUCCUCACCAGUUUCGCCUGAUCAGAAUCCAGUGGCACACCAGCCCACACCUGGCAUCAGUCUCUAUCCACAUCUCCACCUGCAGGGUGGACUCCUGCCACCUCAUCCACAUCAUCCACUGUCCUAUCUCCAUCCGCAGUUGCUUCCUCAUCACUUAUUACCACCACAUCUCCAUCCUCUUUUAAGAGGUGUUCAUCCAGCACAUCCUGGAAUACAUUCACCACACACCCAUGGCCUCCAUCAUCCACAUCCUCUCGGUGAUGUCUACAGCUGUGUCAAGUGUGACAAAAUGUUCAGCACACCACAUGGGCUUGAGGUCCACGCGCGAAGAUCACACAAUGGCAAACGUCCAUUUGCCUGUGAACUCUGCAACAAAACAUUUGGCCAUGAGAUAAGUCUCACUCAGCAUCGUGCAGUGCACUCAGCUGAAAAAGUGUUCGAGUGCAAACAGUGCGGCAAGGCGUUUAAGCGUUCAAGUACCCUCAGUACUCAUCUACUCAUCCACUCAGACACACGACCCUACCCCUGUCAAUUCUGUGGUAAACGUUUCCACCAGAAGAGCGAUAUGAAGAAGCAUACGUACAUCCACACAGGCGAGAAACCCCACAAAUGUCAAGUGUGUGGAAAAGCCUUCUCCCAGAGCAGUAAUUUGAUAACACACUCGAGAAAGCACACAGGUUUUAAACCCUUUGCUUGUGACCUGUGUGGUCGUGCAUUUCAGAGAAAAGUUGAUCUGAGAAGACACCGUGAGACCCAGCACGCCGAGCUCGGUGUUGCACCAACAGCAAACACCGGUGUUGCACCACACCGAACCUCCAUUGGAACAAUUGCACCGAGUAAUCUCGUAACAGCCAAUUCCACGAUUUUGCAAUAGGUACUCGAGAGAUACAAUCAGUUGAAUUCAGCAUCGAAGUGGUAAAACGUAGCUUCAAUCAAAAUCUCAUCUCAUCGUCAAUUAUUUAAUUAUCCCAAUGAAUGAUGAUCAUUUCACUAUCUCUAUGAAUUCAUCAUGAAAAUCGAAGGACCUUUUUUGCAGUUGACAUAAAUUUUCACAAAAAAUUCUGAUGAUUUUUUCUGGAUUCAUUCAAUGCCGAAAUGAUAGAAAAAUUAACGAAUUGAGUCAACAUCUUGAUGGAUUUUUUUUUGAGAAUUUGA